GCCGCGUAACGCAGCUAAAGUGCAAAAGCGCACAACGAACAGUGCAUUUUAUCUACACGUAAUUCCUCCAAUCAAAAAAAAACGCUGUUAAAAUAAGUAAUCCUGCAGCACGAUGAAACCCGCCGAUUUGGAUGAGCAAUAUGCUCGCUUUCCGGAAAUCUCACGUGAAGAAAUGCAAAAAUUUGUCAACUGGAUACACGCUCAACCGCACAUGCAGAAUUUAUCCGAAGAGGAAGCUCUACAUUUCUUCCAUGCUUGUAUGUACAGUAUGGAAAUGGCCAAACAGGUGUUGGACACCAAUCUAACAGUCCGCACGCAUUGUGAUGACUUUUUCUCGAAUUUGGAUUGUGAGCGUUCAGAGCUUCAGCGCGCCAUGCGGACCGUUUCCAUUUGUCCAUUACCAAAAACAACAACUGAGGGCUAUGGUGUUAUAAUUGGAAAAUUAGCGGACACAAAUACAUCAAAUUUUAACUUUGUAGACGGCAUGAAACUUUAUUGCAUGAUUUUCGAUAUGUGGAUGUAUGAGGAUGGCAUUCGUCCAGGUCAUAUUAUGGUAAUGGAUUUAAAGGGUGUUACUUUGGGACAUGUAGCACGCAUUGGCAUAUUUCAAAUGAAAAAAUUUCUCUUCUAUCUGCAAGAAGCAGCUGCCAUUCGUUUGAUUGGCUUCCAUUUCAUCAAUAUUGUGCCGUUCAUGGAUAAGAUUUUGGCACUGAUGACACCGUUCAUGAAGAAGGAGUUAACCAGCAUACUUCAUGUUCAUAGUAAUUUGGAAGAUUUCUUCGAAUAUGUACCACAGUCGAUACUGCCAAAGGAAUAUGGUGGGCCAGAACCUGAAUGUUCAGAAUUGAAAGAAAAAGUUUACUCAAAGCUCAAGGACAAUCGCGAGGAUAUGAUAAAGUUCGAAAAACGCCAUAAAGUGAAUGAGAAAUUGCGUCCGGGCAAACCAAAAAAUGCUUCGGAUCUAUUCGGGAUUGAGGGCAACUUCAAAAAAUUAGAUAUUGACUAAUUAAAAUGUGUGCAAUAAUUGUAGUAUUAUUAUUUUUUUUAAGUACACACAUAUAUUUUGGGCAGUACUUAUACACAACUUGAAGUAUCUUAAUAAAUAUGGUGAUUGAUUCAUAAUAUA